CUAGGGCGCAGCGCUGUUUAGUUUCGAAUAUCACCACAUCGGGUAUUGACGUAUAUCGGUAGGGUUGCUGCCGGUCGGUUUCGGAUUUGGCGGCCAGCAAAAGGUGGUUUUUCUUGUUGGUAUACCUGUUCCCCCACCGCUUUCGCCUCUCACCGCGGCGCUGCCGUAUGCAUAGGGGCAUAGGAGUAGCAAAGGAUAACGCGGUGCGUGGGAGCGUGCGCGCGCGGAUUUGUGUGGAUUGGAUUGCUGUGGAUGUUCGCGCUCGCUGCCGUUGUGGAUCACAUCCGAGUGACAACAAUGGAACAAUAGCGGAUAUCUGGAUUUAGAACCAAUAGUGGUGGAUCGAGUGUGGUGAAAAAAAGGAAACUUAAGGAGUUGAAUUAUUGAUUGCACAUUUAGCAAACGUUGUGCUGUGUGAGAUCGAAUGGAAAUCCUGAUGCUAAACAAAAGUGAUUAUCUAUUGUGCCGAUAGUGAUCUGUUUCAUUUUCAACCAUUUUCGAAAACAACCUGUUGAUGUUAUGAAAACAUGUUGAAAUACUGAAGUGUUGUGAGCUAAUGUGAUUCGAGGAAAAAAGUUCGAAAUGCUUUUAUGAAAUUUUACUCAGCUGAAACGAUUGAUUGUUUUUCUUCUCGUUGGUGAUCAGAAAGUGACAUAAAUUUCACAAAUACCAAGUGGGAAAAGAAACGCUGAACGGAGUCGAACUCGAACUUGGACGGGGCUGUAAUUGGAGUUGCAGAGAUUUGAUACACAUUGACAUGCGUCGUUAGAUUGGUGAUCGGCGAUUUAGAUUUUUUUUCCAUACCGUAACGAGUGCUAAGUGGAGUUAAAAUAACGAAGCAUUUUCGACACUGAUCGACAGAUUAUCUGGUGAUUUUGUGGGCAAUCAAUCCUGUGUUGAUAGUUCGGAAAGUGGUGACACACCAAAAUUGACAGAUUCGAUCCGAUCAAUUGGCAAAAUGGCUGAUUAAACAGACUGAAUCGUCUGACUUUGUGAACGAUUGUGAAGAUAAACACAAUAUUCAGCUGUCGAUUUGCUCAUGCUUCCUGCCAACAUGGAUUUGAUAAGAGAUACACGUCAAUUGGGGGUACCAAGGAUUAUCACAGGUUCGUUCGAGCGUGCUUUCUUCUCACAUUCUAAUGUGACCUCCCAGAAAAUGGGCCGCGUCACUUCCCGUUUGAUGCCACUGCUGCUGGGGCUGCUGAUAGUGGUACUGGUUGGACCGCCGCCUGCAACCGCUGAUAAAACGAUGGACACCCGGGAGGGCGAGGAUGUGACGCUCAAGUGCCGCUUCAACGAGCAUUAUUCCGAUCGUGAAUAUUCAUACUACUGGGCCCGCCAGAGCCUCAACAAGUACGACAACGUGGCCAUCAAGGCGGACACCUUCAACCAGAACUACAAAAUUGAUCACCGACCGGAGAAGGGCAUCUAUGACUUGCAAAUCCUGAACGUUUCGUACUCGCGCGACAACGGUCGCUACGAGUGCCGUAUCAAACUGUUCGGCGAUGGCGAGGUCAUCUACGAGGACUACUACAAUCUGACGGUGCUCACUCCGCCCCAACCGCCGCUAAUAUUUCCCGGCAGUGAAACUACUGCCACUGAGGAUAAAGCCCAAGAACUGACGUGCAGCAGCGUGGGUGGAUCUCCCGAUCCGAUGAUUUCCUGGUAUCGUGAGGGCAGCACAACUCCGCUCGCGGCUAAUCUCAUUACCGGCGGAUCCCGGGACAUGCAAACCACCAGCACCCUGACAAUCAUUCCCCGCCGCGAGGACGACAACGCGAAGUUUAUGUGCGUCGUCUGGAACCGUGCCCUGCCGGAAGGCCAGCGUCUCGAGACGAUUACGACACUGUCCGUCAACUACUUCCCCCGAGUGGAAAUCGGCCCCGAAAACCCGUUGAGUGUGGAACGUGAUCAGACAGCGAAGCUAGAGUGCAACGUCGACGCCAAGCCCAAACCGGAGCGAGUUCAGUGGACCCGCAACGGACGUUUCAUCUCGUCCCACCCGGUGCACACGAUCCACCGUGUUUCCCUUCAGGACGCCGGUAAAUACACCUGCCAGGCGGACAACGGUCUCGGCAAAACCGGCGAACAGGAGAUACUUCUGAACGUUCUCUAUCCUCCCAUCGUACACAUUGAAUCGAAAUCAAAGGAGGCCGAGGAGAAGGAAAUGGUUCAGAUCAAAUGCAACGUUACCGCGAAUCCACCGCCGGUUACGAUCGAGUGGCUGAAGGAAGGGGAUUUGGAGUUCAGGCGAAACGGAGAUACGCUGACGUUGCGCGAUGUCCGCGCCGAAGAUGCUGGAACCUACAUCUGUCGGGGGAUUAACAUCAUGAAGCCAUACGGAGGCAAAACUCUGGAACGCGAAGGUAACGCAUCGGUCGCCCUCCUGGUUCGGCAUCGUCCGGGUCAAUCGACAAUCACUCCCGAGAAGCCAGUGGUACACGUUGGUAACAGUGUGAGUUUGAUGUGCAAGGCUGAUCCACCCGGUUGGCCGCUGGCGCAAUACCGUUGGUAUCGAGAUGUUGCGGGAGAAAUAUCCACUACUGUGAUCGCUCAGGGCGCUCAAUAUUUGAUCCCGAAAGCUGGCCUUCAGAGUGAAGGUAAAUACUACUGUCAUGCCGGGAAUGAUCUCGGAAAUGGAGGAAUGGCCAGCGCGGUGUUGGAGGUUCAUCAACCGCCACAGUUUUUGGCUAAACUGCAAUCCAAUAUGAUUCGUCGGGCUGGAGAGAAUGAUUUCACGGUAACCUGCAGCGCUAAGGGUAAACCAGAGCCCACGAUCACCUGGUUGAAGGACGAUGUUGAAAUCACUCCCGAUCUGCACAUGUUUGAGGUGAAAACAAACAUUGUGAAGGGUGCAAACGGAAUGGUUACCGUUCAGAGUAUGUUGAAGUUCUCCGGGAAGGUUCGUCCGAAUGGAAUAGAUCUGAUGUCGGGCGAUCGUGGCCAGUAUACAUGCUUGUAUGAGAACGAAGUAAACAAGGCGAACUCCACUAUGCAUCUGAAGAUCGAACACGAACCAAUCGUUCUGCAUCAGUACAAUAAGGUUGCCAAUGAUAUCAAGGAGACUGCUGAAGUGAUUUGUAAGGUGCAAUCAUACCCUAAGCCAGAUUUUCUCUGGCAGUUCGGUACAAAUACAGCUCCACUCGCUAACAACGACCAUUAUGAAAUCAGUGCCACUUCCGAUAGCAACGACGUUUUCACGAGCGUUCUGAAAAUAACGAACCUCCGCCAUCAAGACUACGGAGAUUACCACUGUCGUGUUUCCAAUGUGCUCAAUACCAUUCACGUGCCAAUCCGCCUGCAACCCAAAGGCCCUCCCGAGAAACCUUCCAAACUGAAGGCGGUGGAACUGGGAUCCAACUAUGUGAUUCUUUCGUGGACACCCGGAUUUGAUGGAGGACUGGCGAAUACAAAAUACUUCGUAUCCUAUCGCAAGAUCGUGGUACCGAACGAGAGCCUGGUCACGGACGAGUGUGCUGCCAUUGCCGCCGGUGGAGCCGAGUGGAUGGAAUUCGAUUGCCAGCGGGAGGUACCGUGCACCAUCAACCCGCUGGAUCACCACCAGAGUUACGUGUUCAAGGUGAAGGCACUCAACACGAAGGGUGUUUCGGAAUAUUCGAAUGAGAUCAGUGCCACCACAAAGGUGGAGAAGGUACCGAUUCCACUGCACGCUUCGUUCGAUCCGGAGACGCGUAUUCUCGCGUUGAACGUGGGGGCGACCUGUUUGUCGAUGAUUGCCAUAGUGGAGUCGGUGAUUUAUGGAGAUACCCCGAUGGCGGCUUGGCACAUUAUCGAGACGAUCGAGCUGCAGGUUAAUGGACACGAGCCGACCUAUAGGGAAACGAAAAUUGAGCACUUCGUGGCCAAUCGGAGGAACAAUGGCCGAUCGCUGGGAAAUGCACUGGAGGAUAUUCCACUGUCCGCGCUGGAGGAUGAGCUGAAUCCGAGGGUGCGAGUGAAGUUGUGCUUGAAGAUUAACCACGAGUACUGUGGCGAAUAUGUGGAGGCCGAUAUUGGACCAUCUCUAAUUCAGGAAGCGUCAUUUGUGGAACUUCCGACACUGAUCGCAAUCGUGGUGUCCUGCAUCGUGGCUGGUUUGUUCGCAGUGCUUCUGCUGAUGUUCUGCCGCUGCAAGCGUAAGCAAUCCAAGGAAUCCUCCAAAGCGAAGGAGUAUGAUAUCGAUUCGAUCCACCCGUCGAUCGUUGCCCAGCAAAACCAGGCUCCACCUCCGUACUACUCCGCUAGUAGUUUGGAGAACAAAGCUUUGGAACACUCCAUGGAUUUGGCUAUGGAUCAAAACACGGCACUAUAUGCUAGUCAGCAAACCUACGGAUACCACCAGCAGAACGCAAUGAUGCCGCAGGUGCCUCAAAAUGACUGGUCCAACAUGGGAUACGUCGAGAAUUCAUACUCCAACUCCAACAACGGCGGAAGCGUGAACUCCCAGGACUCGAUCUGGCAGCUGAAGAUGUCGGCCGCGGCUUCGAAUUCGGCCAACAUGAUCCCACAGCACAACUACAUGGAUCAACCGCUGCAGCAGAACUACGGCUACGACCCGAUGACUCACGGUGGCUACGGAGCGGUCGAUGAUUACGCACCAUACCCGCACCUGAUGACCACCGCAAGUCAACACGGAGGCGACGAUUACCAUCACAACAUGAGAAACAGCCAGAACCCGUCCCGACAGGACUACUGCAGCGACCCGUACGCUUCGGUGCACAAACCGAAGAAAAGGAUGGAUCAACAUAUGGACUUUGUAGCGGAAUCCCCUUAUCAUGAUGUCAGCGGUCUUCCGGAUCCGUACAUGGAGCAAGAAGAAGUCAAGUCCCCCGGUCCCAAUCAGCACCUUUCGAUGAGCUACGAUGACGCAUUGGCUCUGGAAAGCGGAUAUUCGACCCCAAACUCCCGGAAUCGGCGUGUGAUACACGAAAUUGUGGUGUAGAACCGAACCGAGGAUGACCAAGACCCACACAGACACACACAAACCACACACUUUGAGGAAAUCACAUGCCACGGGACAACCCUUAUUAACAUAACACGAAAUUUAUAUACACAAAAUAGUUCAAAUUUAUUCGAUGGAGAGCGUAUGCGAAACAAACGUGCUUCAAACGUUAUUAUUUCGAAUGGUAAUAAUUUCGUUGAACGCUUGAGAGAGUUUAUUUAGAAAACAACGAUCAUCUGGACGAAUGGCUUCAACUCAAGGGCUUUAUUUGAUCUCAAAUAACUCUUUCUGAGUCAAUCGCUGGAUGGUGCGGCCAAACUGUGAUUGUAAAUAUAAUCGUAAGCCUUUUGUAAGUUGAGCUCCAGUUAUUUUUAAAAGAAAGCUGUUUUUUUUACAACGAAGCAAUCAAAAUAAUUUGACCAGAUGCUCAGAGGAUUAAAUGUCAUUGGGGAGUCACAAAGCAACUCUCCCCGGAAAAUCUCAAUCACCCGUAAACCAACAACGAAAACCGAAAUAAUUCUCACACUCGAAGCGGUGGUGGUUCUUUUUCUGCGUUUUGUACGCCGAAUGUGCCAUUAUUUCUCGUAAUCUCAAUCAUCUAACUAUUAUUAACUUUGGGGGAAAACACUCAUGAGCCUAAAAAUCGGAAGCAAUAGGAGAAAAAGCAAGGAACUAUGCCACGGCUGAUCGAAAGUGUUGAAUUUUCGCCAACCGGUCACCGAAAAGGAUGAGAUUACUAUCAAUCUACUGAACGGCAAGGCAAGGUUAGAUUUAGCUGCUUAGACACGGUAAUUGUCGAAGUCGAUUAGUUUUUAUAGAUAAAAGUUACACAUAAACAUAUGUUUAAGGCGAAAUGGUGCCAUUCACAAUUCAUUUCGGCUGCCUCCGGUCAACCUUCGGAAGCCGCAAGAAAUGAAUUCUGAUGAAUCUUCCACCUGAAUCUACAAAUGAAAAGGCGUGACACAUGACAAUAAAAAAAUGCCUUAAUCUUUCCCCUCCAUAGCGGUUUCAUAAUUAUACGACGUUGUUGAUUUUAACUUUUCUUUACUUUACAAACAACUAUAUACACCCUCGUACUGGGUGAAUAGAACACAUGACGGAUUUCGCGCCAACUCGACCAGAUGUUGGCAUGACCCUCUCAGAACUUAAUGAAACUUUCUGGGCGUGAAGAGCUUACCUAAUUAAGCAAUUUGUCAUACUUAGUUUUCCGAAAAUUUAUCUAGACUAACAUAUGGAAAGGGCCAAAUAAUUUUGACUAUUUUUUUAAUAAAAUUUUUUACUCGAAAAUGGUAAGUCCUACGAAAAUGUGAUCUAUGGAAGAGUUUUAGGAAAAUAAACUUAAUUUCUUUAAAAUAUUGAAAAAGUUUUUGUUAGGAAAACUUUUUUGUCUUAAAUAUGCACACGUUGCAAUGUAUGGAAGAGUUGUAGGGCACAUAUUUAUCUACCAUUUCAUCAAAAUCUGAGCUGACCAUUUUGAGAAAAUCGACAGUUUUUAAAAUCGUUUUUUUAGUGUAGGAUUUAAAAAAAAAUUUUUUUCAAUAUUUUUUUUCUGAAAAUUCAAUUAUUUUCCUAAGACUCUUCCAUGGAUCACUUUUUUGUAGGAUUUACCAUUUUCGAGUAAAAAAAAAUAAUAAAAAAAUGGUCAAAACUAUUUGAUCCCUUCCAUAUGUAAAUCUAGAUAAAUUUUCGGAAAGCUAAAUAUGCAAAAUUGCUAAAUUAGGUAAGGUCUUCACGCCCAGAUAGUUUCAUUAAGUUCUGAGAGGGUCUUGCCAAUCCCAUAGACGAGUUGGCGCGAAAUCCGUCACAUUUGAAAAUUCCGACAAAGGAGCCUUUUCCAGUUUCGAAAAGGCGCGAUCCACAUUCGUCGUUUCGACAGCGCGAAACUGUUUCCCAGUGAAUCGAACAAUUUCACGCCACUUACUGUUUUGUAAAAUUGUUGAAAAGUUGUAAAAUAUAAUUUAACUACUUUUUAUUACCCAUUACUAUUUUGUCGGCAACUUUUACUUCCCUCCGUAGUUUAAGUGAAAAAAAAUGCGCUCAUUAAAAACAAAACAUAAGUAGGGUACGCACGGAUACGUAUAGCACUAGGCGAGAAAUAAGUAAUUAAAAACUUGUACAUAUACUGGACGGAAAGAGAGACCGAGAAACCGAGAGAGAGAGAACACAAGCAAAACGCAGCUAAGUUUUUUUAGUGUUUCUAUGAAAUGAUGAUGAAAAAAAGUGUUGCAGUUGCAAACGGAGUUCCACCUCCACUCGCGCCACGCUGGGAAGCGCACAAAAAACAGUGGCCAAUCGUUUCUGUCGCGAUAGAGGAAAGAAAAUCACGCUGGAAAAUCUUGGCGCUGAUACGGCGACACAAGGCGAUGGAGACGGAUUCGGCCAGAUGCAAAAGUUUGCGCGGAGGCGACGGCGGCAAAGACUCCUACAGAGUCACGGUUGUAUAUCAAUAAAGUGGAAGUGUAGAUCUGAUAAAAAAAAACUGUUGAUGAUGACGGUGGCGGCGGUAAGUUGCUUCAGCUGGACUCAAAAGUUACAACGAGGAAGCAAUUUCUUAACAAGAGUUAGUUAACGAAGGAAAGUUUUCAAACAAAACAACAUAACGAUGAAGAACAAGUAUUUCAGUAUCAAUUAGUGGAAGCUCGGUCCCAAACGAACUGCUGCUGCUGUUGCAGACAGUUGUGAGCGGGAAAGAAUAUGUUUAGCGAAAAAUAUGAUUUAACCAGGCGGGAGAAGAAACUGCUCCCUCGCAACUGGACGAACAAAAGUUGUAAAUAUUGACUGAAAUUAUCUUUUACUGCAAGGCGCGGAUCUACUUAUUAUUAGUACGAUUUGUAUGUAAUUAGCCGUUAAGAGAACUUUUUUUGAGCGAAAUAUAAUUUUUAUUUUUAAUAUA